AUGACGAUUCUGAUGACAUAUCCGAACCCAGCGCCGACCCCAACUUUCAGGCCCCAGCACAACCCUGUCUUGCCAGGCCCCAGCACUAACCCAGCCCUGCCCAUUAGCACCACCUCACCCUUGCCUAGUAAUGCCGGCUCCACCAACUACAAUUCCAGAGGACAUUUGGCCAUACCCAAAAGCUGGUCCGAGAAAACUAGCCAGCAAACCAAAAAAGAAACAAGAAAAACUGCUAUUCUCACUGACACACCAGGGAAGGAGGCACUUGUGGCCGAAAGACAGGCACAAGCGAACGCCGCCGUGUGGCCCAUCGGCUUAGACCCCGUUCGAGCACACAACUUCCUGUCUCGUUCAAGACCGAAGAGGGACGCUGAACCCGUCUGGUACCGAGCCGAUCCCGAUUUUCAGUCCUACUACCGUUUCUACAACAGCAUCGGGCACAUCGAAGGGCUCUAUGAGAUUGAUAAACUUAGGAUGCUGUAUCAGCAGAUGCGUCAGCUGGAGCAAGUCCACGGCUCCGACGCCUCCAGUUACCAAAACGCCCUGACCACCACCACUGUACCACCCACCACGGCCGCACCCCCGACCACCACCGAGCCUCCUCCACCUCCGACCCUAGACCCUCUGGCGGACGCUCAGGUGAUUUACUUGUGUAACCCCAAAGACCCCCUUUGCAAACCCCAGAUCGUCUACCUGCCUACAGGGGCCGUCCCGGUGCUGUGUGACCCACGGUACAACCCCGCCUGCCGACCCAGUACAGAGGAAGAAAUGAAGGCCAUGGCACCUCCCCCUCCACCUCCCAAGAAGUCACUCCCGCCUCCGCCCCCACCCCCCGUGGCCACCGGAAAAGGGAUGGAACACGACUGCGACCCGUACUGGGACCCUGACUGCCUCAUCGACCACCCACCCCGCCCUGUCACCAACAUAGAUUCCCCGCCGGCGGAACUCGUCGAGGAGGGAGAGGCGAAGGCCGAGGAAAGCGGCCAGAAGAGCCCCUAUGCUUACUUUAAUCCUUACGAUUACAAUCGUGACCUGUUUGACCCUUUCAGCUACACCAACCCAGCUCCUGAUCCUGAGUAA